AUGCCCCUCCUCCCCCUUCGGCAUCUUCGCCUUCUUUCGUCCCUUCGAUCCCCCCGGCCGGUUCUUUUCUCUCAGCUAUCGGUUCUUGCUAGAUUCAUGGCUACCGCGCGCGAGCAACCAGCAUGGCGCCAGCCGACUGCUCACCCUGAAGCGCAAUCGCUCCCUUCGCUGAAGGUCUACAAUUCCCUCACCAAGUCGAAGACGCCAUUUAUUCCGAUCGACCCUCAUGGGAAGAAAGUGACCUGGUAUGCAUGCGGACCAACAGUAUACGACGAUGCGCAUCUUGGACAUGCUAGGAACUAUGUCAGCACGGACAUCAUCCGGCGUAUUAUGCGCGAUUACUUCAAGUUCAACGUGCAUUUCGUUAUGAACAUAACCGAUGUCGAUGAUAAGAUCAUCCUCCGAGCACGACAACAGCACUUGUUCACGAAGUUCGUGACGGCGCAUCCUACGGUCGACGAGGAGGUUCUCGAUGUUGCGAAGAAGGCAUAUGCCGCUUACUUGAAGAAGAACCUGCCGCUAUUGAGCCCCGAGCUUCCCCCGUCCGAUUAUUCCAAGGAGGUGGAGAAGGCUUAUGCGGUGAUUCUGAACGGGGGGCCUCUGCCGGGUAACGAGAAGGCCGGUGAUGAUGAAGCCAAGAUUAAGAUGCACAUUAAGACAGUGUCAUCAGCAGCGAAUGUCAUUGUGGAGGCGGAGAAGCUUGACAAGUCCGCGCAAGGGACCUUCCCUGAACGCUUCUACACCGAUGCGCAAGACCUUUUGCUUCCAUACCUAGAUGCUCUCGAGGGGUCCUUGAUCGACGCGGACGACCAUUCAAUUUUCACGAAGCUUACGCGAAAGUAUGAGGAGCGGUUCAUGAAGGACAUGGAUGACUUGAACGUGCUUCGACCGGACGAGUUAACUAGGGUGACUGAGUACGGGCAGGAGAUUGCCGACUUCGUCGAGAAGAUCGUUGAAAACAAGUUUGGAUACGUCUCAGCCGACGGCUCAGUAUACUUUGAUAUUAAUGCAUUUGAGGCCGCCGGGUUCCCUUACGCGCGACUUGAGCCCUGGAGCCGCUCGGACAAUAAGCUACUCGCUGAGGGAGAGGGAUCAUUGGCAAAUAAAACCACUGAAAAGCGUUCCAAGUCCGACUUUGCCCUAUGGAAGUCCUCGAAGCCUGGUGAGCCGAGCUGGUCGAGUUCCUGGGGGCGAGGCCGACCGGGAUGGCAUAUCGAAUGCUCGGCGAUGGCGUCUGCCCGCCUGGGCAAGCAUAUGGAUAUCCACUCCGGAGGUAUCGACCUUGCGUUCCCUCACCACGAUAACGAAUUGGCGCAGAGCGAGGCGUACUGGCACUCUCAUGGUGACCAGUGGGUCAACUACUUCCUGCACAUGGGUCACUUGUCAAUCCAAGGGUCUAAAAUGUCCAAGUCCCUGAAGAAUUUUACAACUAUCCGUGAGGCACUUGAGAGGAAGGAGUGGACUCCGCGCAGUCUGAGAAUCGUAUUUCUUCUUGGUGGAUGGAAAGAUGGUAUUGAGAUUACCGACGAGCUUGUCAGCGCCGGUAACUCGUGGGAAGAUAAGUUGAACAACUUCUUCAUUAGGGUGAAAGAUCCUGCAGCCCGUCAGGGGCCCGCUUCGAGUACAGACACCACCCUUGCCGAAGCCUUAGAGGCAGCCAAGUCAGCCGUGCACGAGCAACUCUGCGAUUCAUUCAACACUCCUGGCAUGAUGAACUCGAUCUCUGAGCUUAUCACCAAAUACAACAUCGCUGAUAAAUCGACGCUGAACCCGAAGGACGUCGAGGCAGUUGCUCGCUGGGUAACUUACAUGGUCAACGUGCUUGGUCUCAACGGCCAGACGCCUGCCGACUCGCGUGAGAUCGGAUGGAGCGGCAUUGACGUUCCUGAAGAAGCCAAGCCGUUCCUGUAUCCGCUUUCGGCCAUGCGUGAUGCUUUGCGACAGUCUGCGCGAGCCAAAACGCUUAACGCGGGUGAGAUCUCGAAGAUUGUCGAACAGGAAGCCAUCCCAGAGGCAACAACAGAAAAGACCAAGCCCUACGCCACCGUAGUGUCUAAUUUCCGCACCAAGGUAUCGUCACUACAAGACUCCGGAGACCUCGGAAAGGAGGUUCUUGCGCUCUGCGACCGCCUCCGAGAUGUUGAUCUGUUCGAUCUUGGUGUCUACCUCGAGGACAGAGAGAACCUUCCAGCCAUCGUCCGCCCCGUAAGCCGCGAUCUUAUCCAAGCGCGUGAGGAGAAGGCUGCUCAGGCACUGCAGAAACAGCGUGAGCGAGAGGCAAAAGAGAAGGAGGCACUAAAGAAGCUGGAGAAGGGGAAGCUGAGCCAUCUGGAAAUGUUCCGGACGAACGAGUAUAGCGCGUGGGACGAGGAAGGUAUCCCGACUCGCGAUGCGGCGGGCGAGGAGAUUGCUAAGAGUCGCUCGAAGAAGCUGCGCAAGGACUGGGAACGACAGAAGAAGCUACAUGAGGCGUGGCUCGCGAGCCAGCAGGGCAGUAAAUGAUGGAUGAUGGGCUAUGAUGGACUAGAUAGAAAAGUUCGGUUAUCACGUACAAGCAUAGACGGCGUUAUAAUAUCCAG